AUGGGGAAACAACAUGCGAACAAGGGGCGUAUGGCUCCGGACACGUCUUCGCCGACACCCACACUGGUUGACGACCAUUUUCGCCUCUUGAACUUCGAUGAUUCUACACCCUAUUUGACAUCUUCCCUUCUUCGGUGGGACGCUUUCCACUUCACGCACAUUGCCCGUGAAGGCUAUGUUUACGAACACGAAUGGGCAUUCUCUCCUGGAUUACCGCUUGUCAUGAAUAUUAUGGGUCGUCUCAGUCAUUUUUUGAUAUCACUUGGAGGAGGUCCUGACUUAGGAUGGGAGAACAUUCUGCUUCGUGGCGUGGGGGCCGCUGUGGCGUGCAGCAGUACCAGCACGCUCUACCGAUUAUCCUUCCAUCAUCUCAAUUCAACGUCUCUGGCUCUCAUCGCGUCAUUAUUGUCGCUUAUACCCAGCAGUCCAGUUACAAUUCACUAUGCAGCCUACACAGAGCCAUUCUUCACCUAUUUCUCAUAUAAAGGCAUGUUGGCGUGCGCGAAGAAGCAAUGGCUAUGGGCGACGUUUUGGUUCGCACUUGCAGGCGCAUUUCGGUCGAAUGGUGUACUACUAGGGGGCUUCCUAAUCUGGGGACUUGUUGUUGAACCUCUCUUGCACGGACAGCUUUCAAUCAAGAAGGUUGCAUACGCAGUGUUCACCACUGCUCUCACUUUCGUGCCAUUCGUCGCACAUCAAGUGGCCGCGUACGUUCUCUUCUGCACCCCUAAUGACGACAAAGGCCAGAUCGUUUCGACACCACUGUGGUGUAACAAGACCAUCCCUCUCAUAUAUACCCACGUCCAAGCGCGGUACUGGAACAUCGGAUUCCUCAACUACUGGACCCUCUCCCAACUCCCAAACUUCCUCCUCGCCGCCCCCGUCCUCACUCUCCUCUUCACCUUCACGCUCACACACCUCUCACACACCCUGCCCACCCUUCUAUCCAUCCUCAAACACCGUCUCCUUCCCUCCUACCUCAACACUCAGAAACCCGCUUCCCCAAACCAAACAAACCCAGAUCCCCGAACUCAACCAAAACUCGAACGCCCACCUUCAUCUCCCUUCUUAUCCUCCUCCCUAACCCCACACGCAAUCCACGCCCUGAUCCUCUCCCUAACCCUCCUCUUCAACUCCCACACCCAAAUCGCACUCCGCCUCGCCGCUUCGAUGCCGCUCACGUACUGGGCCGCCGCGUGGCUCGUGUUUGAGAAACCUUGGUGGGGGAAGAUAUGGGUGGGUUGGAGCGUGGUGUGGGGUGCGGUGUCGGUCGUGCUUUGGACGGUGUUUCUACCGCCUGCUUGA